AUGGCACUCGGCGCAACACACCAUCUCGCGGACCUCCACGCCAUCGGACUUGAGGAAACGGAGCUUCUCCUGUCAGCCGCAUCGGGCAAAUCUCAAGGAGCAGAGUAUCCUUCUGAAGAACUCCCCAUUCCCAAACCUGAAUUGUUCCGCACGCUCCGGGGAAUUGCCGGUCCGGACGAUGCUCCCACUAUCGGCGAGUGCGCAGUCCAUCUGGAGAUGCUUGAAGUAUUUCAUACACUCCGGACUAAGGUCAUACAAUCCAGAGAUCUGGAUGUAGCAUUCGGGGUCCAUCCACGGACAAAGUCUGUCUACAACGGGAGCCAAAACAAAUGGCAUGUACCUGUUGCGGUGGAGAAGAAGCUCAAAGACGACACGUUCGAACAACGGAGGGCCGAAAAAUGGACAUGUUUCUUGCAGCUAGCUGCCGGUCGAUUCCAUCGCUGGAUACGCGCUGUAAAUGUGUGUCUCAGGCUGGAGACUGGCGGACCGGACAAGCAACCGCAAUGGAUUCUACCACCAUUAGACAUACUUGUGGUGUGGCAUGCGUUCCUUUUGAAUCCGUCUGAUUUAAAGGACUACUAUGACAAGAGACAUCUCAAACGUGUGCAAGGAAUCCGAUUUCCUUGGGAGGAGAUUCACAAAGCCAUCAGCUCAAGUGAUUGGACGUACACACUCCCUUCUGGGGUGGCUCACUGGCUACGCGCGGCAACAGGCCUAGAGCCCGACCUGUUCAAAACUCUCACCAAGGUUUCGACAGGCGAUAAACCCGCUUGGGAAAUCCUCAAACGCCAUCCCACCUGGAGUUCCACCAUACUCGAGCAACCUACCGACACGGAGAAGCCGCGGACGUUCGCGUAUUGGGUGGAGGAAGCAGCAGCGAAUCUCUCGGAGAACAAACCCUUGGUUGACAAUGUGCAGCGGCAGUGCGUGUUUGUCGAUAAAAUGCAUGCCCAUCGGUGGAUCUGUAGCCCGGCUGUCGAGGGGACUCUCCGACGGGCUGUGGUGCGGUACGAAAAGUUCAUCGCCUUGUUCCGCGAUCUCGACAGUUUCCUGGUGCCGACACUCGAUGUGGACCUUGUCUGGCAUACGCACCAAUGCAGUGCUGAUCUCUAUCGCCAGUUUGUCGUGAAACACGCUGGUCGGUUCAUCAACCAUGAGGAUAAGAUCAGUCGCGGUACACUGGACAAUGGCUUCACCAGUACCGAGCAAUGGUACCGGCUUAAAUUUGGCGAUCAGUAUCAGACUUGUCUGUGUUGGCAUUGCGAAGCCAUUUUGUCAGCUGUGGAAGACGCGGAUGUUACAGCCGUCGAUGUUGAUGUUAUUGUCCAGCGGGUGGAGAGACAGGUCCAUCACUACAAGGAAGUUGAGAUUUCUCGACGUCUUGGAGGGGGACUUCCCAAAGGUAUUACUACCUGA